AGCCACUUCUGCCUCACACCAUGAACUCGCUGGCCAUCCUGCUGGUCCUCGUGGCCGCCGUCGCUGCUGACAAGAUCCCGGACUUCGUGGUCCCCGGCCAGUGUCCUGCUGUUUAUGAAAGCAAGUUAUGGGCUGAGCAGGUCCCAAAGCACGCCAAUUAUGCCGGUGUAUGGUAUGAGUUCGCUCUUACUAACAACCCAUAUCAGUUGAUCAACAAAUGUGUCCGCAACGAAUAUUUCUUCGAUGGCAAUCAGUUUGAAGUCAAGUCAACUGGCUUGAAUGGUUAUGGAAAACUGGUGAAGCGCAAUGGGAGGGUGUAUCCCAAUCCCUUCGGUGAACCUCAUCUGACUAUUGACUACGAGAACUCGUUUGCCGCCCCUUACGUGAUCCUGGACACGGACUACUCCAACUUCGCCUGCUUGUACUCCUGCAUGAGCUUCAACAAUCUUUAUUACUCCGACUUUGCCUUCAUCUUCUCCCGCUCCCCCAGUCUCGAUGACAAGUUCGUGAAGCACUGUGAAGCCGUCUUCAGGAACCUCAAAGUGGACACUUCCCGCUUCCUGCAAACUGUUCAAGGAUAUUCAUGCGAUUAUGAUGCCCAAAAAUAUCUCUGAGCUCCCUUUUCUUAUGAAACAUUAGUUAUGACAAUGACACAUGCACGUUGUCGUAUCUCAUUGCGUUUGACGACCCCCAUUUACUUAUGUAUUUUUCCUAUAGUAAUAUACCCAGUAAUCAAAGAGAAUCAGAUGAUGAUAUUUAUUUGUAUGUCAUAAAAUUAUGCACCUAGUGAUUGUAAACAUGUGUGAUAACACAUAUUUUGGCAAAUAUAUUCAUAUUCGUGAA